AUGGAUAUUGGGAAGGAGAAAGAGACCCACAGCCCUGCCUCUGCCAAAGCAUCCCAAGAGAGGGGAAGGACAGGGCCGGGAGGACAGCUGAACCAGGGUGGCCGGUCCGAGGAUGCCGCAGCCGGUGCGGGACUGGACCAAGAGUGCUCUGCCCGAACCGGGGGUGCCGGGGACCAGUCAGUGAUGCUGGAGACAGUGCCGAACCGAACCGAGGGUGCUGAGGCCCGAACCAGGACCGCACUGGGAGUGCUCCGCCGGAAGCAGAGGACGACGGGGUCGCACCGGGGUGCGAGGGGUGCCGGGAGUGCGGGGGGUGGCAGCGGCCCCCGCGCCUCCGGAGCCGGGGCUGGACCACGUGCUGCCCGCCCCGCCCCGGCCGCCGUCCCGCCCCGGCGCCGCCCCGGUGCCGCCGGCGGAGCCAGCACGGAUCGGCCCAGCAUGGAGGGGACGCGGUGCGCGCUGCUACGCCUCGCCGCUGCCUGCUACUUGCUCUGCGCUCUGCCAGGGGAAGGACAGAAGACAGCAGAGACCUUGGUGACACCUUCACCUUUUCUUAGCACAGUGCUAACCUCACAUCAGCCAAGGCAAGACUCUGACUUCAGUCCAGUGACUACUAACAAUUCUGAGACAGGCCUGGAGAAAAACCUGACUGCUGAAACACUGAAUGCCACUGGAGCCCACACUACAGAUGUGGAGAAUGCCUCCAUCCCUAUCACCCCCAUGGUAGGCACCAAGGCAGAGACGCUGCCGGCUUCCACCACUGCCAGCCCUGGAGACAUCACACGCACACAGCAUGAGCACCACAAUAUGAGCUUGACAGGCAACAGCAGCACUGGAAUCUCCUCCCCUAGCCCCUCUACCAGUACUCUGGAAGGAAAACAGCCCAACCCCGAAGUCACAGAGCCCUUCAGCACAACAGAAGAACUGGAUGAUGCUAGCAGUGCAACACCUACGCUUCCUCUGAACAGUGUGCUGGAACAGGACUUGAGAGCCCAGCUGACAGUGCAGAUCGUCACAUGUGAAAACCAAGAGGACUUUCUAAGCACUGUGCCUUACAAUGUGGCUCAGCUGUAG